ACUAGUGGUGCGGCGGUCUCCGCUGGGCGGAGGAGCCCUGAACGGUCACCAGACCCUUUUCACAGCCUCUUUGCAUCUCGGAUUUCGGGGCGGCCCCUCCCCCACCUCUCCCUGCCUCUCUGCACCCCGCUUUUUUCUGCAUUUCGCUCGGUUUUGUGGCCUCCCGUUUUUGUACCCCUUUUCGUUUUGCUUCUAGGAGGUUUGGGGGUUGAAGCUGCAUUUGCACUCCUUUCCCUUGUUAUCCUCCCCUGCUCUGACAGUCCCCCUUUUCAUCGCAGUCGGGGGGCCUAGGAUCGGUACAUACUCCGCCGCGCUGCCGGUACCCCACAGCGCGUGGCCGUGCACCCCUGAAUUUGCAGCAGCUGCAUAUCUGAGGGGGGUCCCCCUCGACCCCGCCGCCUUUACUCCCCGCGCGUUCAGCGCGCGGCGCCCCUGCUUCUCCGCAGCCCCUAGCCCCGCGCCGGGACUCGCCCCGCGCCGCCAAGAUGGUCAUCCAGAAAGAGAAGAAGAGCUGUGGGCAGGUGGUUGAGGAGUGGAAGGAGUUCGUGUGGAACCCGAGGACGCACCAGUUCAUGGGCCGCACCGGGACCAGCUGGGCCUUUAUCCUCCUCUUCUACCUCGUCUUUUAUGGCUUCCUCACAGCCAUGUUCACCCUCACCAUGUGGGUGAUGUUGCAGACUGUCUCUGACCAUACUCCCAAGUACCAGGACCGACUGGCCACACCGGGUUUGAUGAUUCGCCCCAAGACUGAGAACCUUGAUGUCAUUGUCAACGUCAGUGACACUGAAAGCUGGGACCAGCAUGUUCAGAAGCUCAACAAGUUCUUGGAGCCUUACAAUGACUCCAUCCAGUCCCAAAAGAAUGAUGUCUGCCGUCCUGGGCGCUAUUACGAACAGCCAGAUAAUGGAGUUCUCAACUACCCGAAACGUGCCUGCCAAUUCAACCGGACCCAGCUGGGUGACUGCUCCGGCAUCGGGGACCCCACCCACUAUGGUUACAGCACCGGGCAGCCCUGUGUCUUCAUCAAGAUGAACCGGGUCAUCAACUUCUAUGCAGGAGCAAACCAGAGCAUGAAUGUUACCUGUGCUGGGAAGAGAGAUGAGGAUGCCGAGAAUCUGGGCAACUUUGUCAUGUUCCCGGCCAAUGGCAACAUUGACCUCAUGUACUUCCCCUACUACGGCAAAAAGUUCCACGUGAACUACACGCAGCCCCUGGUGGCCGUGAAGUUCCUGAAUGUGACCCCCAACGUGGAGGUGAACGUGGAAUGCCGCAUCAACGCUGCCAACAUCGCCACAGAUGAUGAGCGAGACAAGUUCGCUGGCCGCGUGGCCUUCAAACUCCGCAUCAACAAAACCUGAGGCCCCUUCCUCCCGCCCCCACCUUUCCUGUGGAUGCUUCUGGAAUGUCCCUGACCCUGCCUGAUCUCUCCCUCACCCACCCCAAAGGUAUUUUUUACUACAGACUUAUGACUUGUCUGAACCUCAUGCCCUUUUCCUUGACUUCUCCACCCAGCCUGAUUUCCACUGUGGUUCCUUGGCUACACGCCUUCCCACCAUCUCCUCCCAGUCCUAGCUCAGAGACGGGGAGAUGGGCUACCCAGGUGGCCACAGAGAAGUUAAGAGCCUUUCUAGUUCUGGUUUGGCAGUGAGUGGGAUGUCUUCAUGACUACCCAUCUCUCCUGCCCUCCUGUCCUCUGAGCUAUAAAAAAUGCCCACCAAUCCCCCGCCUACACACACACUGUGCACGCGUGCGUGCACACACACACGCACCCCUCGUUCCACUCUUCACUUCCCAGGGGUGAGUGUGGGACUCCUUUCCUCCUCGGCUUCCGCGCUGUACCUUUCUCUGUCUCUCACACUUUCUCCCUCAUAUACACAGUCGCUUUCUUGGCGGCUUUGGACUUAUCUGGCUCCUCUGGCAGGAUUUAUCCCCUCCUCCUCUCCAUCCCUAUUCCCUCCUCUGAAAGGCAACCAUUUGCGACUGAGGACAAGGUGGUUUUGUGGCCUUUUCCCUCUUUCCUGGCACAUCCUGCUUCUCACCCUGUGAUGACUCCAUGAGCUGGGAAAUGAGAGACUGGAAGAAAAGUCCAUGUUGAUUCUUCCUGAAAAUUCUCUAAUGGUACCUGACUCCAAUUUCUUCCUGGUCCAUCCUGUCACCCAAAUAGCUACUACUCAGAGGGAUGGGGUUGACCUAGGCUGAAUAUCCACUUUGUUAGUACUGGUGGCUCCCUUCCCCCUAUUCAUCUUCCCAGAAUAUCCUUCAAGUUCCACUUCCCAGGGAGCUCUGGGGGAGGGGCUGCCAUUUUGGCUCUGUCCCCAGUGGCCACCUUGGAAACGUCAGCUGGCUAUGGGACUAUUCCACCUCCUUCCCAGAGCCCAGAUCUGCCCCCACCAUCCCCUCUGGCUUCUCUUAGCAGGUUAUCAACGAAUCACUAACUCCUUCCCUUUCUUCCGCAUGCCAGCCUGAAAGUUUCACAUACUCUCCUCAACGUAGACUUUGAAUUUCUUGGCUCCAUCUCCUUCAGACCCUUUCCCUUUUAAAAAAACCCCAUAAUGCCCAUAGAAUGUUAAAUGAGGAGCCUCCUGCUCUGAAUAUUCUUUAGUUACAGGGACAUUUGAACUCUUCCUCCUCUGGUGUCCCUCCACUUCAUCCUGUCUAACCUCCCUUCCCUACUUAAUGCUGCAGCCUCCACACCCCACCCACAAAUGGGACUCUUCCCUUUUUCCUCUUGCUGGAUCUGUGUCUCUUCCCUUCGGGUCCCCGUGUUUUCCUGCACCCGCUCUCCCCAGUGGUUUCUCUC